CUAUCUCAAAUAAAACUCUGCAUCCUAUUUCCCUUCCAUAAUGGUUCACUUGGUGCCAUGGGGCGGGUACAUGGAUAUGAUAGGCAUCUUGCCGCGCAAAAAUGAUGAUUUCGUGGUCAUUGAACAAGCAUUUGCAUAUCCUGGUCUUCUUGGACAGAAGUGGUUAAUUGAGGACCCUUUGCAGAGGUUUUACGUGGUGGACUUUAACAUGAAUUUCGCUAAGCCCGUCCUGGCCCAAGGAUGGAAUUCUAUAGUUGACGCAUAUGGAUUGGAUCAGACUCAUGUGUGUAUACUGAACAUGGUUGUUCCCUCUCAUUUUCAUUUGAGAGUAUACGAUUUGUACCAACAAGAGAUAAGCUAUCUACCAUUGGGAGUUGUUAGGGAAGGAUCUGGAUCUGUACACGAGGAGGAGACUCUACGUGAGAGCAUAUCUAUAGCCAUGUCGGAUGAAGAAGAGUUGUCACAAGCAAUGGCCUUGGUUCUUUACGACGGCCAGCCCUCCAUGGAGGAGCCACGCGUUGAGCCUGAUCAUGAAAUUGGCUCUGCCACCGGAUCAGCUGGAUCACUGGUGGAAGGUGAUGAAGCCAAACCUCAGUAUGUCUUCAAUCUCACAACGGAACUCACUCCUCACCGUGCUUAUCCAUGUCAGUUUUGCUUGUCCGGGAAGGCUGCUAAAUUUGUGCGCGAGAAUGGGCUGCAGCCAUGGUAUAUAAGAGGCCCAAACCGUGUCAAACGUAAAAUCAACGUCCUCUUCAAACAUAAGCAACCUUACACAAAGCUGGGGAGGGGAUGAAGAAAGUUCUGCAAGAGCCAAGGCGUCCAACAUGGUCAAAAAGUGUCUAUGAACUUCACAGAUGGGCUCACCAGGUUGAUUGAUGUUGAGUUUCUAAAGUAGUUGUUUUGUUUGGCCAAAUGGAAUGGGAUUACGGUACUUGCUGGGGCAUCUUUUUGGAAUGUUUUUGGGAAGAAAAAUAUGUUAUCCAACCAGUCUUGGACUGCCUGUAGUGAAGUUCUCAUUGUCAAGUGUAGUUCGUGUUUAAUGUGUGUGUUUGUUCUAUUAGUUCUUUUUGUUCAAGGUUGCACUCUCAAGGGUAUUUGUAAAAUAUCAUCGAAACUA